AAACGUCCAAAUACCGACCUAAAACAGGACCCGGAAAGAACAGAAGCUCCAGAGAUGAUAUCAGAAAGCCAAAUUCAAGAACUAAAGGUUGUAAGCACCAAAACUCAGAGUGCUGAGGAAGCUAAAGAGAAGACUGAAACAAAGGAUUCAUCGGUUAAGAAUUUGAUGAAGGAAAUAGCAACUGCAAACACUAACUAUGAAGUUAGCAACCAACAGGAUCAGAAGUCCGUAAUUGUUAAAGAUCAACAUGAGGACGUAAGAAAACCAGAUACAAGCAAAUCAACAGAAUCCAAAGGUCUAAAUACCGACCUCGAACAGGAACCGGAAAGAACAGAAGCGCCGAAGAAAAUAUCAGAAAGCCAAAUUCAAGAACUAAAGGUUGUAAGCACCAAAAUUCAGAGUGCUGAGGAAGCUAAAGAGAAGACUGAAACAAAGGAUUCAUCAGUUAAGAGUUUGGUGAAGGAAAUAGCAACUGCAACUGCAAACGCUAACUAUGAAGUUAGCAACCAACAGGAUCAGAAGUCCGUAAAUUGUUAAAGAUCAACAUGAGGACGUAAGAAAACCAGAUACAAGCAAAUCAACAGAAUCCAAAGGUCUAAAUACCGACCUCAAACAGGAACCGGAAAGAACAGAAGUGCCGAAGAAAAUAUCAGAAAGCCAAAUUCAAGAACUAAAGGUUGUAAGCACCAAAACUCAGAGUGCUGAGGAAGCUAAAGAGAAGACUGAAACAAAGGAUUCAUCGGUUAAGAGUUUGGUGAAGGAAAUAGCAACUGCAAACGCUAACUAUGAAGUUAGCAACCAACAGGAUCAGAAGUCCGUAAUUGUUAAAGAUCAACAUGAGGACGUAAGAAAACCAGAUACAAGCAAAUCAACAGAAUCCGAAGGUCUAAAUACCGACCUCAAACAGGAACCGGUAACAAUGGAAGCACCAGAGAAGAUUUCAGAAAGCCAAAUUCAAGAACUAAAGGUUGUAAGCACCAAAACUCAGAGUGCUGAGGAAGCUAAAGGGAAAACUGAAAUAAAGGAUUCAUCGGUUAAGAGUUUGGUGAAGGAAAUAGCAACUGCAAACGCUAACUAUGAAGUUAGCAACCAACAGGAUCAGAAGUCCGUAAUUGUUAAAGACCAACAUGAGGACAUAACAAAGCCAGAUACAAGCAAAUCAACAAAAUCCAAACGUCCAAAUACCGACCUAAAACAGGACCCGGAAAGAACAGAAGCUCCAGAGAUGAUAUCAGAAAGCCAAAUUCAAGAACUAAAGGUUGUAAGCACCAAAACUCAGAGUGCUGAGGAAGCUAAAGAGAAGACUGAAACAAAGGAUUCAUCGGUUAAGAAUUUGAUGAAGGAAAUAGCAACUGCAAACACUAACUAUGAAGUUAGCAACCAACAGGAUCAGAAGUCCGUAAUUGUUAAAGAUCAACAUGAGGACGUAAGAAAACCAGAUACAAGCAAAUCAACAGAAUCCAAAGGUCUAAAUACCGACCUCGAACAGGAACCGGAAAGAACAGAAGCGCCGAAGAAAAUAUCAGAAAGCCAAAUUCAAGAACUAAAGGUUGUAAGCACCAAAAUUCAGAGUGCUGAGGAAGCUAAAGAGAAGACUGAAACAAAGGAUUCAUCAGUUAAGAGUUUGGUGAAGGAAAUAGCAACUGCAACUGCAAACGCUAACUAUGAAGUUAGCAACCAACAGGAUCAGAAGUCCGUAAUUGUUAAAGAUCAACAUGAGGACGUAAGAAAACCAGAUACAAGCAAAUCAACAGAAUCCAAAGGUCUAAAUACCGACCUCAAACAGGAACCGGAAAGAACAGAAGUGCCGAAGAAAAUAUCAGAAAGCCAAAUUCAAGAACUAAAGGUUGUAAGCACCAAAAUUCAGAGUGCUGAGGAAGCUAAAGAGAAGACUGAAACAAAGGAUUUACCAAUAAAGAAUGAGACCUCAAUUGUGAAUGCCAACAGUGAAGUUAGCAUCCAACAAGACCAGAUGUCCAUACUUGCUAGAGACCAAGAUGAGGACAUAACGAAACCACAGAAAAACAAAUCAACAGAAUUCAAAUGUCCAACUUCUAAGCUAGAAGAGGAACCAGAGACAGUAGGAAUUAAAGUCCAAAAGAAGACAACGGAGACACAAAUUUUACAAAUGGAUACAACUCGAGAACUCCACUCAAUAAGCACUAAAGCUCAGAGUGCUAAAGAUGUCAAGGAAAAGACUGAAACAAAGGAUUCAUCAGUAAAGAGUUUGGUGAAUGAGACAGCAACUGCGAACGCUAACUAUGAAGUUAGCAACCAACAGAUUCAGAAGUCCAUAAUUGUUAGAGAUCAACAUGACAAUAUAACAAAACCAGAUGCAAGCAAAUCAUCAGAAUCCAAACGUCCAAAUACCGACCUAAAACAGGAACAGCAAACGGUAACAAUGGAAGCACCAGAGAAGAUUUCAGAAAGCCAAAUUCAAGAACUAAAGGUUGUAAGCACCAAAACUCAGAGUGCUGAGGAAGCCAAAGGGAAGACUGAAAUAAAGGAUUUAUCAGUGAAGAGUUUGGUGAAUGAGCCAGCAAUGACAACCGAAGCUCCAGAAAAGAUUUCAGAAAGCCAAAUUCAAGAACUAAAGUUUGUAAGCACCAAAAUUCAGAGAUCUGAUGGAGCUAAAGAGCAGACUGAAACAAAGGGUUCACCUAUAAAGAGUCUGGUGAUUGAGAUUGUAAUUGAGAACUCUGAAGUUACCACCCAAAAGGACCAGAAGCCUGUCGUAGAUGAACAUGUGAAGAUUAAGAAACCAGACAAAAACUCUGAACAAUCCACAGAUUUCAAAGCCCCAACUGCUAACCCAGUUGUUUUCUCAACUGAAAAAGCAAAGGCUGAUAAGAAACAGAAAAAAAGAAAAGAAAUUAAAGAGGGUGUUGAAGUUGAGAAUAAAGUGACAAAGCAGGAGGAUCAGCAGAUGAAGGCAUCAAAGAUGGAUGCCAAGCAAGAGUCAGAAGGCAUUUUUGUAAAAGAUGCAUCUAGCAAAAAAGGUGGUGGAGAACAAAAGGACAAACCCACUGCUGUUCCAGAUAAAGUACCAAAUACCACUGAUGCUCUUAGGAAUGAUGAAGACACCAAAGAAAAAAACAAAACAGAUAGCAGUUUGAAACAGGAACUGCAGACUUUAAGAGAAGAGAAAACCAGUGAUCCACAAAAGCCUGCAAUGCCAACACUUAUUGGCAGUAUGUCUCUUUCUGCGACCGCGGAACCACCUGCAACAUCUCAAAGUCUACAGCUAAGGAAGGAAUCUCCAUUGAGCUGGUUAAAUGUGGAGCAUCAAAAACCAAAGAAGGAACAUAAAAGAAGACUAAAGGCCUCAACCAGUGAGGAUGAAUCUCUUCAGCUUGAUGACUUUGAUGAUUUUAUCAGGAGCAUUAAGGAGGGCUGCAUUCCAUUCUCACUACCUCCAAAGAGGCAUACUCGUAAAAAGUCCCCAUCUCCACCUUUUUCCAUGCCAGCCAUCAAGGAGGACCAUUUUGAGAAAAUGUUUGAUCUAGAGGAUUUCCAGUUCGGCUUAGGAAAUAAUGGUUUUAGGGAUCCUUCCCCUGCUAUGGUGAUUAAACAAAGAGCAGCUAAUAGGAAAGGACGGACCCUGGAAAAAAGUGCACAAGAUAAUGCCAUGCACACAUCUAGAGACCAGUUGAAUUCACUUGAUGAGAUAGAAGGAAAAGAUGGAGUCAAAGAGGGGACAAAUAUUGAAGCAGGAACAGAAGAAAGACAAAACAAUGGAGAAGAGCCUGGGAAGCUGACGUCACGACUUGAAAGGAUAUCCAUCCUCUCCAGCUUACUGACUUCCCCUUGGUCCUCCAGGGAGCCCCAAGAGGAAGCGACCUCCGCCUCAAAUAGCACACUUUCUAACCAACAACAGGGCCUGCUAUCGCUUAGAGAACAGGGAGUUGCUGAUUCGCCUCUGCCUGCCGUUGAAGCAGAUAAGAAGGGUGUAAAAGGUAUAGAUCAAGGCCCACUUGUGGGUGGUGGUAUAGGUACAGUUAGUGAGUCAGCACUCAACCCUUCCUCUCCUCCUCCUCCUUCCCUGCCCUUGUUCCCGGAGAUAAAGCUGCCUGAUCAUUUAGAGAAAUACCUCAAGAAGGACAAAUCCGACUCUGAGGCCUCCCAGGGCACUACACAGAUGACUAAAACUAAACUGAAUCCUGAUGGUACUGUGAUGGACCAGGCCUCAGUAGCAGGAGUACCUAAUAUAAAUGUGGGCAUGGAGGGCCCUGCAGGACUGCCUCCAACCAGCAACAACAGCCAGCAGACUUCUCGAAAUGGACUUUCUACUUCUAAGACUAAGGUACCUGCGGUAAGAGGGUUCCACAAAAGGCCUGGAAAGAUGAUCAUACAUGAACAUGCUCAGUUUGGAGGGCAGCCGUUUUGAACCUACUGUGAUGUAGAGGACGCCACCACAAUGAAGCUGUCCCCUGAUCAUCUCAGUCAGAAUCAUCAGAGGAUGCUGGCUCCUCUAUGAAAAAACCUGGCUUCAAGGGUCGUAUACAUCGCCCUUGAGGAAGGUCCUACAGAGCACCUAGUGAAUAUGGGGCAGAGGAGGGAACUCCAACGACACUAGACCAGAUGGGUCAGCCUGUACCACAGCACCUAUGGUCAUAGGUUCUAUUCGAUUGGCAGUUAGAGAUCUAUAGCGUACCCCAAAUUUGACCUGUUUUUCAGAGGUAAACGGGUUGGGGAGGAUGUCAUCUUACUGUGGCGACGCUGUAGCAGAUUGUCUCUUUCGGGAUCCCACAGAACCACCGGCUCAAUUAAGGUUCACUCUGGAGUCUGGCUGGCUGUACACUGAUCCAGGGUUUGGUAGGUUUUGUUUGGAGUGCUGGAGGUGGGAGAGUAUCCCUGCCCACAGGACUGGGGUUUCCCUGAGCCCUUCAUCGGGUCUCUCAGACCCCUCCGAAUGGUACAG